AUGCUCUUCCUCUCGGAAGAUAGGGUGAGCUUCCUGCCCCGGGGCGUCUUCAUCCCUGACCCCGCGCUCCCGCCCCGCCGGAGCACGCCGCACGGGGGGGUCUCUGCGCCGUUUCACCUCCCGGGAGCGGGGCCGGGCCCGGCGCUGCGGGACGGGGGAGGCCGCGGGCGCCGCCUGGCGGCGGGGGUGCUCCGCAGCACCGCCCCCGGGCCCGGGGCCGGCGCCGGGGCAGAGCUCCGGUUCCCGCUGCCUCUCACCCUUCUGCCGUCGGCCGCAGCAGCAGCGAGGGCCUCGCGCAGCCUGUCCCAGCUGCUGGACGUGGCCAUCGGGACACCCGACGUCGUGGGCGGGACCCUCCCAGCGCUGCGCAGCCGGCUCAGGCCGGGGCGGUCCUGGGCCAGGGGGACGUGCCCGCCCCGGCACCACUGGCGGCUCUCGGGUUGGCUCCGUGGCAUGGGGCAGCUGAAGACGGCAGAAGCCAACGAGAGCCACAUCUCCAAGGCCAUGGCUCUCUACCAGCAUCUUCUCAAGGAGGUCGCCCAGAGGAAGGAGGAACAGUCCCGCAUGAAAGAGGAAAUCCAGAUGAUCCGGGAGGUGCUUGGCCUCAGGAGCUGCUGCUGGUGUCCCUGGGAGCAAGCUUAGCCUUUGCCCCUUGCGUCACCCAGCAAAGCAGGACGAGGAAGAGAUGGAAGAAGACCAAGAGGAUGAGGAGAGCAGUCUGCCCCUGCUGAAACCCCAGCACCCUGGUGGCCCAGCAGCAGAAAAUAGUGAUGCUCAGCCAAGCGGCACAAGUGGGGGGCCCCUGGCUCGGGACCUGCCUCUCAUGCGCAGGAGGGGCUGAGCAGCACCCCUUGGCCUGCAGCCACGUGUCACUGGAGGAGCUGGAAACAGCCCCUGGUGCCCUCCCUGUGCCCAGGGUCUGUGCCCCCCACGCUGACCCGGGCACCCCCUGCCCUGCACAAGCCGUCUGUGGGAGCCCGUGGCCCCAUCGUGGGGCUGGGGGCACCCGGCAGUGCAGCAGCAGGAGGAGGCUGCUGAAGGCAGCAAAUGGGCACCCGGGUGGGAGAGCAGCAGCAGCACCCGGCUCAUACCAAAGGCUAAUCCCAGUCCAAGCCAUUGACUUGCUGUUGCUCUGCAAUGGGUGAGCAGCACCCGGCUGCUGUCCUGCUCCCCUCGUGGGGAAACCCCCUUUGUCACCCCCUUGUCCCUCUCGCAGCGCUGCUGCCAUCACUGGGGAGGUGGCACCAACCCGGCUGCUUUCCCCUUUGGAGCAAAGCACCAGAACCUGCCUCUGCCCCAGCCUUGGGGGGACGCCCCCUUCCUUCCCUUACAGGGAGCUGGAACCUGCUUUGGGGGUGCCCCCAGUGCCACUUGCAGUGGGAUAACUGGGAGCCAGCCAAGGCCCCUCCUGCACCCAUGGGUGGGCUCAGAUGUUGAUGGGCUUAACCCCCCCCCAGCACUAAUUGAUUUGCAGGCAGGGCCCAGCUGGGGCUGAGCUGGGAGGUCAGCAGCCACACGUCCCCCCUGGGUGCUGCCUGUGUCCCUCUUUGGUGAGUAGCCCCAGCUGGAGCUUUUUCCCUUUUCUCCCUGUUUCCCUUGGCUGUUGUGCUGUGCCAGGUCUCUCCCACCCUGGGGGUCUCCUGUUGCCCUGGGGGCUGCUUUGCUGCUGCCCUUGAGCCCCCUCCAGCCCUUGCUGGCAUCUCUGGAGCUGCUGCAUUCCCGUUUGGGAGGGUUUUGACCCCAGUGGCUUGUGGCGUGAGCGGGGGCUGGGGUUUUAUUCCAUGUUAAUGGAGUUGGGCUAUUGAAGCACUAAACCAGGUGCUGGGUGUGCUGUUUGGUGUCAUUUGAUGACAUUGAUGUCAUUGGAGCACUGGGUGCAGUUCUGGUGUCCUCAACAUAAGAAGGGACAUGGAGCUGUUGGAGCAAGUCCAGAGGA